UUUUUUCCGACUGAACGGAGUUGCGUUGCUCGCGCUCGUUGGCAGACAGUUCGUGCAUUCAAAGCUUCAUCUCGGGCUCUGAUCUGGUUAUUUUUAUCGUAGUUUUCGUUGGAUUUAACGCAAAAUGAGUCACGGUGGCCAUGGCGGACAUAUGGAGAUGACGACAGCGUCGACAAUGCUGAACAACGGUACAACACCAACGAUGGAUCAUGAUCAAAUGGGACAUGAUGAUAUGAUGGGACAUGGAAUGAUGAUGUAUUUUCAUUUUAGCAAGAGUGUGACCAUUUUGUUUGAAAGCUGGUCUGUAAAUGACGCAACAGAGCUGGUUUUCUCUUGUGUUGCAAUAUUUGUUCUUGCUGCACUCUAUGAAGGUCUCAAAGUUUUACGUGAAGUGUUGAAGAGGAGAUACAGCUAUGUCGUGAGUGUGGAUUUGACAGAGACAAAGGUGUAUGGUACAGGACCAAAUCAGACAACUGUUGUUACAGAAUCCAAGGGAGAAUUACCAAGGUCUCGAAUUUGCAACUGGCAUCACUUAGUUCAAACCUUCCUCCACGUUGUCCAGGUCACAAUUAGUUAUUUCCUCAUGUUGAUCUUCAUGACUUACAAUGUGUGGCUGUGCCUUGCAGUUGCUUUGGGCGCUGGCUUUGGCUAUUUUGUGUUUGGAUGGAAGUUAAACAAAGUGGUUGACAUCUAUGAACACUGUCAUUGAUUGAUCAGCCACAUAGGUGUACUUCAAUUGUUAUGCAUGUAUGUUUGAACUAGUUUAUGUAGAUUACACAAUUUAGUUAUAUUGAUGGGGAUUAGUGAGACUAGUGCAGCUUCUCUUCACUUCAUAGGCUCUGUGGAUGAAUUUCUAAGAGCUAGACAGGGAAGUGAAUGCAGGGGACUUGCAUUUUCUUUGUAGACCUGCACAAACUAAUUUCAGACUACAAUGUACAUGUAGUUCAUGCUUUUCAUUUUAUGCUUGUGCACAUGAUAGUAUUCUUGCCAGUCUGAGACUGAGUAUCACCACAUAAUUAAGAAUAAGUUGAUUUUGCUUACUAUGUAUUAGGUAGGAAGAAGAAAACAAUAGUCAUAAAAUGUCAAAUUGCAAUUAACUACCUUAAGUCAAAUUAGCUACAUUGUAUUACAUAUAGAUAUUGCACACUUGAGCUCAACUGAUUUUUCAGUAUAUACUUCAUGGGGGAAUCAUAAUUUACUUUUGUUUAAAUAUAAGCUUGAUGUACUUUUAAAACUUUCAAGCCAGUAAAGAGCA